UAUUGUUUCUUCGUAUCGGAACUUGAAACACCAGCCAGUGUUAAACUUUCAUCUUCCAAUUAUCGCAUCUCUUACUUAGUAUCAUUAUUGAAGUAGAACCGUUAUCAGGAUCUUAAUGUUUACACAAGCAGCUGAUCCAUUACCGAAUUUUCUACAUUAUACAUCUCAGUCUCUCCGACAUUGAAUGGCUUUUGUCGCGUUUGGGCAAGAUGCUUAUUGUGUCAAAAGAGGUCAUUGGUGGUCAGCUCACUGGCAUGCACAUCCAGCAGCUUGAACACUAAAGCCAUCUGGAUUGGUACUGUUCUUAUGUCAACUUCUGUACAUAGUGUAAAUCAUACAUUAUCUAGUCCCUAUAUUAUUUAUUUUGGCCAUUGAUCAUCCAGCAUCUGACUUGCAGCUAUACAAUCCAAGAUGUUCCAUGUGCCAGUGAUGGAUCUUGAAGAACUUGUAAAACACAAGCUUUUGCCUGGCCACAAGCUCAUUGCUGCAGUACAGGCUGGGCUUGUCCAGGAGUUUGUCAAGAGAGACAGAGCCCUGGCUCUCAUUGAGGGCUUUGAGGCUGCUGACGUAUCUGCUCAUCUCGACAUCAUUGCUGCUAACAAACGUUCAGGUGCAGUCCCAGCCGUUGAAGUUGAGCGUGCUGUGCUCGUGCUGUGCAGCACUGCCGAGUUCCUGCCUUCGUCUCCCUCACAGUUUUUUAUUGAAUCUGUUUUGCCCAUUGAUGCCAGGUUCAAGUACACCAUAGACGGUCUCGAGAUUAGUCACCGUAGCUAUGCCCUCACUGACGGAAAUCAGAGCGCCAUCCUGCUGAGUUUGUCCUCGUCGCGCCACCAGCUUCUUUUCGAGAUGACCUUCAGCCAAAAAACAAACAUAUUUGUGUCUGAAGUGAUGAAGGCUGCAGAGGGCGUGAGCAAGAGAAAAGCCCCGACCCCUGAGUUCACAUGGCUCAAGCCUUACCUUAACAACAGUGCGAGCAGUGGCAGCAGUAAACCUUCAGCUGCCGGAGACCACAACCAAAACUCACAACAAAUAUUCACUAUUGAGGGAGGAAGUCCGUGUUUGGUAGCAGACCUUAUUGGCAUGUCCCCUGAGGGUGCUGAUGGAGGCUCACAAACUGUUAAUAGUGAUGGCGGUGCAGGGGGAGAUAACUUUAUUGAGACAGGCCGAGAUGUUGUUGCCAACAGAGCUUCACCUUCACACAAGGGAGGUCUUGGCGGGUCUCUGGCUGCUGAAGAUGAAGCAGAUCUACUGAGAGUCAAAGAUAUCACGCUUGAUAACUUUGCUCUUAAUCAGUCUACAUUUUAUAAGCCGGCGGUGAUGCCGGUGCUGGCAGGGGCGCGAGAGAGCCACGUGCAGCACAUGAUGGCGCAGCGUCAGGGCAGCUACACUCACGCCUUGCCUCUUACGGUGUUCGUGGGCACGUGGAACGUGAACGGCGUGCCGCCCAGCAUCGGUCUCAUCGAGUGGCUGGCUGUGGACCCUGAGCCUCCCGACGUGUAUGCCCUGGGCUUCCAGGAACUCGACCUCGCCACCGAGGCCUACAUCUUCCAGGCCUCCAAUAGGGAGCCCGAGUGGCGAGCUGCAGUGCUGAGCAGCCUGCACCCUGCAGCACGGUACGUGGAGGUGAAGCUGGUGCGGCUGGUGGGUAUGCUGCUCAUGGUGCUGGUGCAGGAGAAACAUGCCAAGCAUGUCUCCAGGGUCCAGGCUUGUACCGUCCCCACCGGCAUCAUGAACAUGCUUGGCAACAAAGGCGGCGUGUCAGUGAGCCUGGAGCUGUACAACACGUCGGUGUGCUUCGUCAACUGCCACCUGGCGGCCCACGUCGAGGAAUAUGAGAGGCGCAAUGAGGACUACGACUGCAUCUGUGAGAAGACCGUCUUUGUGGGGCCCUCAGGGCUGCAAAGAUACAUACGUGACCACAGCCACAUUUACUUCUUCGGAGACAUGAACUACCGCAUAUCAGCAUCGCCUGAAGUGAACAUCAGGAAGCUGGCAUCGGCAGGCCAGUACGAGACGCUGCUGAAGCUGGACCAGCUCAACCAGCAGCGUAGGAUAGGGCGCGUCUUCAAAGGAUACUCAGAAGGACCUAUUAACUUCCAGCCCACGUUCAAAUAUGACAAAGACACGGACUCUUGGGACUCAAGUGAGAAGCAGCGUCAGCCGGCGUGGUGUGACCGCAUCCUGUGGGCGGGUGAGGGCAUCGAGCAGCGCAUCUACAGGGUGCACAUGGCUCUUAAGAUCAGCGACCACAAGCCUGUCUCUGCAUCUUUCUCAUCGCAGGUGAAGGUGAUAGACCAAGCAAAGUACCGGCGUGUCCAUGAGGAGGUUAUGAAGCAGCUGGACAAGAUGGAGAACGAGUUCCUGCCGAGCGUGAGCCUCAGCAAGAGUGAGGUCGUCCUCAGCCCUGUACACUUCCUCGAACUGCAGUCUGAGACCAUAACCAUCAGCAACACGGGCCAGUUUCCCGUUCAGUUUUCGUUCAUCAAGAAGCUUAACGACGAGGAAUGCUGCAAACCCUGGCUCAAGAUACACCCCAAGUCUGCCUUCAUCCCGCCAGGUGGUGACUGCGUGGUGAGGCUGGACGUGAAGGUGGACAAGAGCAGCGCUUGGGUCCUGGCGAGCGGCGCCGAGCAACUCUACGACAUCCUCGUCCUGCACCUCGAUGGCGGCAAGGACUACUUCAUCACCAUCACAGGAGACUACGUGAGGAGCUGCUUCGGGUCGUCCAUCAACGCGCUGGUGCACCUCAACAAGCCCUUCUGCGAGGUGCCUGUAGCGCAGCUCAUCGACCUGGAGAGCAGCGCCCCUCAGAAGACGCUGGAGCUGCCCUACGCAAUCCCUAAGGAGCUGUGGUACCUCGUGGACCACCUACACUCGCACGCCCUCAGCACUGAGGGCCUCUUCACCAGACCAGGUCUCAGCAAGGAGCUCUGCGAGAUCAGAGCGGCGCUGGACGCCGGCAUGCCGUCCCGUGAGCUGGGCGUAAGCGUGCACAGCAUCGCGCAGGCGCUGCUGGUGUUCCUGGAGGCGCUGCCUGAGCCCGUCGUGCCCUGCAGCCUGUACCCCGCUGCCCUGAGGGCCGCCGCUGAGGGAUACCUCCCCGCCAAACAGGUGGUAUCACAGAUGCCGGACUACCACCGUAACGUGUUCACGUACCUCAUGGCUUUCCUCAACGAGCUGCUCGUCCACAGACAUGAGAACAAACUCGACGCUUCUACUCUCGGUAGUUUAUAG